AUGAACGGGGAGUGACUUAACCUCCCCUAACAUGGGAGUGCGGCAGCUCCCCCCCGUUUGAUGUAUUUUUUACUUACCUCGUGUAGUUCUGUGGAAAAAACUUACCUCUCUUCCGAUUGGUCAAUUUUCAAUCCCAAGCCUUCUGAUUGGUCGAUUCAAAAAAGGGGCGUGGCUUCACAGGAAAAGCCGCGAAGACCGGCUAUAAAAGGACGAACCGGCGAACACUCUUCAUUCUUCGCCGGCAGCCGACGUGAGAGGAUCGUCUUGGAAAUGGCUGAAGAGAAUCCCGACGGCAGACUUCGCGACAUCCUUCGAUGGAUCCAGGCGGAGGCGGGACAUGAAGACAUCCAGACGCUCCUUCAGCAGUGCCAGCUCGCAUCAUCGACGACGACAGCGGUGACAUCACUUCCGACUGCAGAGCCUCCAGGAUCGCCGUCAGAGGAAGCUGCGUCAUCUUCAGGAGCCGCAUCUGACGUCGCCAUCCAGCGCACCCCAGCUUCACGCGGACCAGGAAAGAGGCGGAUCGUCGCCGUCAAGAGGAACACCAGAGGGAAACAAGCGGCGAAGAAGAGAACCCAGAUGACGUCAGCGGUCUCCGCCAAGAAGAGGAUCGUCGCUGACCCGCCGCAGACAGGAGUUUGGCCGUCGGCUUCCCCCCCUUCAUCGCGAGUGAGUUCCGCCGCUGUUGCAAGUGGUGGGCCGCUCCAUCAAAAGAGCUUUAACACUUCAGGGCCCUUUCCUUCCACAGGGUCCGGGGGAGGUCCGGCAGCCGGCAGCUCCUAUGAGGGGCACCAGGUCAGCAGGGGCCCCCAAAGCCGCCCAGAACCGGGGCCCUCCAGCUGUAACACUAUAGGGCACCCGGUUCUGCCACCUGCUAUCAGGGGUCAUACAUCACCAUCUGUCACCCACAGCGCACCCCAGCCUGCUGGUUUUACCCCUCAGGAGGAGAGUCAACCCAUCCAAGUGAUUGUUCAACGAGCUCUGGGAAAUCGCCAAUUAUUUGGACAAAGAAGGAACACCAUGCCCCCAACAUCUGUGGAAUUUAGUAUUGCCAGAAUUUCAAAAUGGUUAAGUAUGUCAUUGGCAGACAAAACCUGGCAUGCUUACAUCGCAAGCUGGAAUGAGUGGAUGAAGUUCAAAACAAGUUUUCCUAAAGAGCAUUAUCAAAGGGACAGUGACGUCUUAUUGUCUUUUGUACUGGAGCAAGUUGAGGCUCAGUACUCUCUUUCAGCUAUAACUAAAAAAUUAGCAGGCAUAUCUUUCUUUUUAAAGGUUCAAAGUGAGGCUGACAUAACUAAAUCCUUUUUGGUUAAACAAAUUCUUCGGGGUGUUGGUAGGAUUACACGAUCUGUAGACAUUAGGAGACCCAUCACAUUAUCAUUGUUGAAAGAUCUCGUUUCGGUCCUACCUCAAAUAUGCUAUUCUCGGUUUGAAACAAUGUUGUUUACGUUGUUAUUUUCUGUGUCGUUCUUUGGUGCCCUUCGGGUAAGUGAGUCGGUCUCUCAGAGUAAAAGAUCCCCAGGGGGUAUUGGGAGUGAAGACAUUCAUCUGGUUGAGGGCAAAUUAAAGAUUAUAUUAAAAAAAUCAAAAACGGAUAAAGUAGGAAGAGGGACAACCAUUUGGCUUGGUAAUAGCACGGAACAGUCAAUAUGUCCAGUAUUAGCUUUUAGACAUUAUCAGCAAGUCAGACCCUGCCUUCCUGGCCCUUUCUUUAUACACAGUGAUGGAUCUUUCCUUACAAGAUUUCAAUUUGUGAAAAUUCUCAAAGGAGCUGUCAGUAAGCUAGGUAUACCACCUGACCAUUAUAACACACAUUCUUUUCGCAUUGGAGCUGCCACACAAGCCUCAUUGAUGGGUUUAGGAGAAGAGUUCAUCAAAAGGCUUGGCAGAUGGAACUCCUCUAGGUAUCAACUUUAUGUCAGACCUACCCUGGUUUAGUAAGUGUUACCUUUUUUCGUUACAGUUUCUCCUCCUUUGGUCUGGAUUAUUGGACACUCUUUCGUCCACAGAGCGAGAGCUAGAGCAGAACAACGAACCUACACAACUAAUUUAGGCAUUAAAGAUGUUAGAAUUGUCUGGAUGGGCAUUCGAGGCCUUAAAUGGCCAGAUUUAUUACCAAUAAUUUUGCAAAUGAAAUCUCGUUGGGGUUUCCCAGCAAUUAUUCUGAUCCAUUUAGCUGGAAAUGACAUUGGAAAGGGUAGAAACAUUGAUUUAAUUCGUAAUAUAAAAAGAGACCUUGCUCAGAUCAGAUUUAUUUUUCCCAAUACUGUGAUAAUUUGGUCUGAAGUUGUGCCCAGAUUAGUCUGGCUUCAAGAUGCAGGCUUUCACCCACUUGAGAGAUGCCGCAAAAAACUCAAUUUUGCUAUCUCAAAAUUUUCCAAGACAGUUAAUAUUUUGGUUUAUAGGCACUAUGAGUUGGAGCAAGGUUUUGAAGGCCUGUAUCGUGCGGACAGGGUACAUUUGUCAGAUAUCGGUUUUGACAUUCUGAACAUGGGAUUCCAAAGUGCAAUUGAAAGAGCUUUACAUGUGUGGGGAAUGGCCAAGGCCAAUGUAAUGGUUUAAUUGGCCUUGACGUGGAGGUAUGCUCCUGGCUAGGUAAAAAAAUUGGCGGGGCUUAAGGAUAUUUGUGGUCAAGCUUUAAGGCGGUCCGCUGCAGAGAUCUGAUGCAGAGGCUGGCUGGGAAGAUAUGUAUGAACAGGUAUUAGUAUCAUUAGCAAUAUUAAUGUUCUGAUUGAUAUGAUAUUUAAUAAACAACAGCUGCGGCCAUUCUCCACCAUGCAAGUGUCCGUGUCUAUGAUUGGUUGUUGUAAUUGGGGUUUUGUAAGCAAGUAAUGCUGUCUGCAACUCCCAUGAACGGGGAGUGACUUAACCUCCCCUAACAUGGGAGUGCGGCAGCUCCCCCCGUUUGAUGUAUUUUUUACUUACCUCGUGUAGUUCUGUGGAAAAAACUUACCUCUCUUCCGAUUGGUCAAUUUUCAAUCCCAAGCCUUCUGAUUGGUCGAUUCAAAAAAGGGGCGUGGCUUCACAGGAAAAGCCGCGAAGACCGGCUAUAAAAGGACGAACCGGCGAACACUCUUCAUUCUUCGCCGGCAGCCGACGUGAGAGGAUCGUCUUGGAAAUCCCACCCACCCACCCUGUUAUGGUAUAUAAUAUAUGAAUGCAUAUAUAAAAAAAAAAAAAAAAAAAAAAAAAAACAAUAUUGUCGCAGCAGUUAAUUGUUGUUUAUAGUGAAGUUUCAUGUGGAGGUAUGCUCCUGGCUAGGUAAAAAAAUUGGCGGGGCUUAAGGAUAUUUGUGGUCAAGCUUUAAGGCGGUCCGCUGCAGAGAUCUGAUGCAGAGGCUGGCUGGGAAGAUAUGUAUGAACAGGUAUUAGUAUCAUUAGCAAUAUUAAUGUUCUGAUUGAUAUGAUAUUUAAUAAACAACAGCUGCGGCCAUUCUCCACCA